CGUCUCUGCUUUACAAAAGGCGCGACGAGUUGGCCCAAUAUGGGGCUCACAAGCGCGAUGGAUGGGCCAUGAUUGCCCCGGUGCAUGUCUUCGCCUUCGCAGAUUCGGCUCAUCCAAGCCUCUGUACCUUGGCCUCCUCGGUGGCCUUUGCGGGAGGCCGUCUCAAUGUCGUUGGUUUGAACUCAGCAGAAAGCUCUGGUGAAGUUCCACCCGAGGCCCUGGAGGUGAUUGCAGAAGCUUUGGCAGAGCAGGGCCAGGAGAAGGCGGUGGAAGGACAAAGAGUGUCGACCACCCUUCAUUGCACCAGCAAAGAGGAGUGCUUGAAAAGCCGUGGCUUAGCCAAGGUGCGAAAGUUCUUGGCCGUUUGGCCACACUUGAAGGCAUUCAGUGAUGACGAUUUGCUUCUGAUCAUGGAUGGCUAUGACGUCUCGUUCGAAGCACCCAGCUUGGAGCAUUUGGCCCUGGCCUUCCAACGCCUUCAGCGCGAGAUCGGGCCUGUGAUGAGCCUCCCGACUGGCCCAGUGAUCUUCAGUGGUGAAGCGAACUGUUGGCCCUUCCCACAUCCUUGGGGACCGGAGCCCUUUGUGUCCGGGGACUAUCGACCCAACUUCAUGUACCAGUACGAGCAACGUGAGAUGCGUGGGAAGGAGGUUUGCACCUUUUGGCGGCACCACAUGGUCCACCCAUCGAGAGUCAUUGGUCGAGAUGGGCACAACCGCACGCAGGUGCUGCCGGUCUUUUUGCCCUUCCUAAACAGUGGCGUCUUUAUGGGACGAGCCAGAAGCCUACAGCAGCUCUUUGCCUUCACGACGGAAGUGCUCCUACGCUUCGGUGACUUCGACGAUCAGGCUCUGAUCACUGUUGCCGCCCUGCAUGCCAAGUUCUUGAGAAGACCCUGGGUCCCCUUGCAAGUGGACCACUCAGGUGAGCUCUUUGCAUCCCUCCAUGGACUCUCACCGGAGCGUUUGUCCAAUGAUCUCAAAGCACCUCCCGCCUGCGAUUUCAAUGGCAGAGUGGAUCAUGGCUUCUUCAAAGCAGGGAGCCGGCCGCGGCGGCAAAGCAGAUGGAGCUUCGAGAACUUCGAGGCACCAUUCCGCCCAAAUCGGCCACCGCCCUUGAUUUGGCAUUUCAACGGCGACAAGAAGGAAUACUUCGAGACGAAGUGUCAUGAAUCUGUGGCCAUGGAGGCCUCGCUGAUGGGACACCUGGGCCACUGCGUUCUCAUGGAUGUGGACCAUGAGAGGGAGCUUUACUUUCUGGUCCAAGGACCUCAGGAGACCGAUGUGCAAAGCCGCAAGGUUGCCUGGCACAGGCUUUGCAGGAGAACUCCAGCUCCACCACAUUUGACUCAGUUGGCGGCCAUCAUGGCGGAGUCGAGGUCGACCGUGUGGCAGGUCAUUCACAACUUGCUUGUACAACUUUGCCGAAGUCCUGUGAUGGUGAGCUACAUCAGCGUGAGUGACCCCUUUACGAAGAUGCAUGAAAGGACUUGUGGAUAUCAUCCACUUCAUUGGUUAGACCUUGACUCCACGUCAGCCACAAGGAUGGCCUGGCAAGACACUUUGCGGUUGCGAUCCGAGAGCCAAGAGGCGGAGGUGCCAGACCAACACACAGACCCUGCUUGCAUCCUGGUGGACAGCACCGCGAAAUGCCAGUUUGAACCUGAUUGGGAGGCAUACUGCUCGUUGUGGGCUGCGGUCAACGCCACCUGGUCGUGCCUUCCGCCUCUUGGCGCGGUCAACGCCAAUCGUGUUCUUCGGAUUGCAUGGGCAACAGGUGUUUUUCGGAUGGCGUCCAGGCCCUACGGCAUGAAUUCCAGUGGCUUGAUGAUGACCAUCUUUCACGGGGAGGACUUUCAGGAGUUCUUUUCCGAAGAUCAGGUGAAGACCUCCAAUCUCCAAGCUGUUAGGCUGGCGGAAGCUCGUAUGGCUGGAUGUGUGUCCAGGCGCACAGAACAACACCUGGAAGCCAUGGCGCUUCGUGUUGUCAACAUGGCAGGUGAAGCAAUCUUGGAGUCCAACUUGGAAUCUGAAUCUUUGGAAGAUUCUCCAGACUUUGCCAGUUACGUGAAGGAUCUCGUACAAGAGAAGACGGGCUUCCCACGCUUCCGCCUCACCUUACUUCUGGACGGUGGGAAGUCUUGGGAAGAACUCGGACACCCUCGAGAAAUCCAAGCAGUCCGGAACCAAGCUGCCACAGACAUGGCCGAUGAACUGAUGAUGGCGAUCUACCAAAAAGACGCAGAGCGAGCGCGUGGGGUUCUGGAGCAACGCCAAGAUCCGAAUUGUCAAGAUGCUGAUGGGCACCCUGCCAUCAUGGUCGCUGCAGCUGUAGGAUCCCGAGAUAUCUUGGAGAUGCUAUUGCAGGCAGGUGCCGAUUCAACCGCUGUAGACGAAUUGCUUGAAACAGCUUUACAUGCUGCAGCUGAAGCCGGGCAACUGGAGUGUGCUGAAGUGCUCCUGGAGAAUGGUGAGACACUCCAGUUGGUGAAUCAACCACAGGAGGCAGGUUUGACCCCGUUGCAUAUGGCUUCCCGGAAUGGUCAUGUCGAAAUGAUUCGUUUGUUGCUGGACUUCGGCGCAUGUCGAGAUGCCCGCGACCACAUGGGUGUGAAUGCAUUGCACGUUGCUGCCGAGUAUGGCCAAGAGGAGGUGGUGGAAUUUCUACUGGAGAUCGGGAUGGAUAUCGAGGCAACAGAAGAGGCAGGUGCGACAGCUCUCUAUUUGGCGGCUGAGAAUGGUCAACUCUCAGUGGUCAAGGCCCUUGUGGAAGCUGGAGCUGAAAAGAAUGCUGCAGAUGAGGCAGGCGCUACAGCAACUGGGAGCUGCAUCCCAGUAACCUCAAGUGGAAUUUCAUUCACGGCAGGAAAUUGACCAAAAUAUUCAUUUAGGGGAGGAACGGAACGAUGCUGGAAUUCCGCUGAUCUGACUUUUCGAUGUUUCACCGGGAAAAGGGGCAUUUUUAGGAUUGGCAUCCUGGGGACGCAACACCGAAAGUGCACACGGUCAGCUGGAACAAACGAAGGCAACACCAGACAUCAGACCACUACACUCCUUGGAACUCACUACUCCCUGUCAGCGCGGAGAAUGACCAUGAAUGACCCCGAGUUCGGAAGACCAUGAAAUCCACGAACCACACGAACCAUGGCACAGUGCCACUGUUAGUGCCAUCCACGUAACCAUGUUAGUUCCAGUAGUUCACCACUUCGCAAGUGAGGCAUUGUAUACCGCAUGCCAGUACGGUCACGCAGAUGUGGUGGGGUAUUUGGUGUCAGCAGGUGCUGACCGGAGAAAGUCGAAGAAGUAUGGAGGUAGCCCAAUGAGCAUCGCAACAUGUCGUGGUCAUAUCAAGGUUCUUGAUGUCUUGGAAGGCUCCCCACGACGCAGCGAUCUUCUUAAAGAGAUCGCAGCACUUUUGGCGCAUCGCGAAGACGCAUGUCGCUGAGCGAGCCGCGUCGUCGGCUCACGCUCGACCGGGGUGUUUUCGACGGGUCCCCCCCGGUGGUUUCACACGAUUUGACAGCCCGGCCGAUGUCGGGAUGAUGUUAGUUCGGUCAAGUGUAAGGCCAGAAA